AUAGCCGAUCAUACUCUCAGUUGGGUCUGCACACAACGUUGCAAUGGCCGUCUCUUCUCUUCGAUUUCCCCUCUCUCCAAUUCCAAGCCUCCGAUUCUCAUAUCCAAAAACCCUAAUUAGACUAGUUUCCUUUUCAACUUCUUCGUCACAAUCUUCUUCUUCUUCUUCUUCUUCUUCGGUCACUACUACACAAACCUUAGCUCCUUCACCUCCAAUUCCAAACCAUACGGCCCAUCUCAGCGGUGAGAAAUGGGAAUCGUUUCAUAAAAAGAAAGUUGUAAUGCGCGUAGGAUAUGUGGGUACCGAUUAUAGAGGUCUGCAGAUGCAAAGAGAUGAACACUCACUUUCCACUAUUGAAGGAGAAUUGGAAACCGCCAUUUUUAAAGCUGGUGGAAUUCGUGAUAGUAAUUUUGGGAAUUUGCACAAAAUUGGGUGGGCCAGAAGUAGCAGAACUGAUAAAGGAGUUCAUUCUCUGGCAACUAUGAUAUCCUUAAAAAUGGAAAUUCCUGAAAGUGCAUGGAAGGAGGACCCCAAUGGCAUUGCCCUUGCAAAUUUUGUCAACUCUUAUCUUCCUCAGAAUAUCAGAGUUUUCAGCAUUUUACCAUCACAAAGAAGCUUUGAUGCUAGAAGGGAAUGUAACAUUCGCAAGUACACUUACCUCCUUCCUGCUAAAGUUAUUGGAAUAAAAACAAACUCAAGUUCAUCUGAAAUCAAUUAUCAUCUAUCGGAAUUCAAUCAUAUAUUGAAUGUUUUUGAGGGAGAACAUCCUUUCCACAAUUAUACUAUACGAUCCAAGUAUAGGAAACAGUUUUCUGCAAAAGGGUCUCCUAAAAAUGGUCGUGUAUCUCAAAAGGCAAGAUUAUCUAGUCAGGCAUCAGAAUCUGAGUUUGAGGAAAGUGAUGGAGAAGAAACUCUUGGGGAAGAUAAAGUGGCUGUAUCAGAAGUUGAGGGAAAGAAUUGUAAUCCUUCAGAAUCCAAUGUUUCUGACAGACAGCUAGUUGGAACUUCGGAUGGGCACCGGAAUGGAUUCAAGGAUAUGAAUCCUCUAGUGGGCAUCCUUGCUAGAUGGCUUCAUGAACCUGAUGAGAAAGAUAGAAUUAGUGCUUCGCAUUUUAGAAAAAUUUUCCGCUGUUCUUGUGGAAAGCUGGAGCAGUUGUUUGGAAUGAAUUAUGUAGAAAUCUCCAUCUAUGGAGAAUCAUUCAUGUUGCAUCAAAUCCGCAAAAUGGUUGGGACAGCCGUGGCAAUAAAGCGUAAAUUACUCCCAAGAGAUAUUCUGCAGUUGUCAUUGUCCAAGUUCUCACGGAUUGUCCUACCACUUGCUCCCUCUGACGUUUUGAUCUUGAGGGGAAACAAUUUUGUGUUGAGAAAAAAACCUGGCAAUGUAACAAGGCCUGAGAUGCUGACGUUGGUUGAAUCAGAAGAAAUUGUGAAGGUGGUUGACGAGUUCUAUUACUCUGUAAUGUUGCCUCAAGUUGCGAAAUUCAUGGACCCUUUAAAAUCUCCUUGGAAGGAUUGGGUUGAGAAUCUGGAUGCAAAUACAAGCAUUCCAGUGGCAGAGUUGGAUGAAGUCAGGAACGCUUGGAAAUUGUGGAGAGAGAAGUUUCAGAAUAGAACCAAUGCUGCAUCGCAGUUGUAAACGAAUGAGCUAUGACAAGUACAUCGAGAGUUUAUAAUCUGAUAAUUGUACUAAUGGUGGGACAGGUACCCGCAACUUUUGCUAAAUAAAUUUAUUCAUCUAAUGGAGCGCGACGCCUAACUGAAUAAGCAUCUCCUUCUGCCUUGCUAGCCAAUCUGAUGCACCACAUCAUAGUGGUGAAAGUUGGUUUUAUUUAUCUUCCUGCAAAAUUUAACUGGGGCUGUUUAAGUUGCUUAGCGUGAAUUUUUGCUGUCAGAUUCUGCUGAUAACUUGGCACCUGAAUGUGUCCACAUUGAUGAAGGUGGUUUAAGAUGGAGUUAACAAUGUUGACUGGCUCUGGCUGGGCAGCAAAGAAAGUUUUCUCAAGAAACAAGGGACCAGAGGAGAGAAAUUUAAUGGAAAACUGGAAGCAUUCAACAGCAGCAUGUUUGGUAUGUUUUCUUCAUCUUGAGCCAUUUGCAUAUUGCCGGCAUGUAUUAUUUGUGAUGCAAUGCUAUAAAUACAUGUUUUAGAACAUGAUGUAUCCUUCUUUUAAUUCGUUAUUAAACAGGCACGUGUUAAUUAUGGCUGCCAUUAGCGACGUGAACGAAACCACAUUCGCAAAUUAAUUUUCUGGAAUUUGUAUUCUGUCUUUCAGAUAGAGCUUCUCUUUGUGAGCCUUGUAGCUUAUGUUAUUGUACGUGUGGAUGAUAUUCUAAUUUUCAACUUGAUUGUGCUCAUUUUUCGCA